GUGAUAUCAUAUAGCUCCACUUCAAUAGGACAUUGGACGAUAUUCGACUGAAAUUCGAGGAAGCUUUCGGAAUAGGAUCAAGGCUUAUGUUGGUAAUAAUCACAGCUGCAUUAAACCUGAAAAUAGGACACCUUCGAUUCGAAAUUGACGAAGAGAAGGUUGUUGAAUCAGCUAUCUCGAAGGUUAAAGAUAAAGAUGAAACGUCUCUCUUGCUCCCGUUCGAAGUCUAUUUCAAGGAUAACGUGUCUUUGGGUGUAAAUGCUGGUGGCCCCAUGAAGGAAUUCUUUUCCCGACUGUUCGAAGAGCUGUUCAAUGUUGAGAAGCAUUCCAUCUUCAAGAAACUCAACGAUUCUCCUUCGUGUACGACAUUGUGGUUUAACAAGGAUUAUAAGGACCUGGACAAAUUGCGAGCAGUCGGGAAGCUGUUCGCUCUGAUGUUCUACAAUAAGGUCAUCGUCACAAUGCCGUUUCCUCUUCUUUUCUACAAGAAACUGCUUGGAAAAAGCCCAUCCAGUUUCAAUGAUCUGCAACUACUAGAUCCCGUGAUGGCGAAGAGCAUGCAAACAUUGCUAAAGGCGAGUGACGAUGACCUUUCCGACUACAGAUUUACAGUGAACGAACCGGAGAUCGAACUCAAACCAGGAGGCAAAGACGAGGUCGUGACCACUGCAAAUGUUCGAGAGUACAUUAAGCUUUGCGCCAGGCACUACACAGCAUCCUCCCAGUUCAAGGUAUUCAGUAAGAGUUUUCGGAGCAUGUUCGGUCGUUUCGGUCUUCACCAACGUUUCGCACCACAGGAGCUGAUGUCAUUAUUUCAAGGAGGGGAAUAUGAUUGGAAGGCCUUUCAAGAAAGCUUUGGUUAUGAGAAAGGCUACACAGCAAACCAUCGCGUGGUCAAGAUGUUUUGGUCAGUGUUCCAUGGUGAUCUCACUGAGGAUGAUAAAAGAGACUUUCUGAGAGUCAUGACGGGUGCUGACCAUGUCCCCAUUGGUGGAAUCCAGGAGGUUAGACCUAGGAUGUGGCCCAUGGGAGGAGACAAAGAUUGUAGGGGAAAACCCCCAAAGGACAUGUGCCCUGAAGUGAAUACAUGCAGUGGUUUCAUCGUGCUCCAUCUCCCGAAGUACAGGAAAAGAGAGCAUCUAAAAGAACGGCUCAUGAUGCUAAUAAAGAUGAAAGGGCAUGGAUUUCAUAAAAUACCAGAAUAA